AUGGCAGCUGCGGAGCUCAGUGAUGGUGGCCGUACCGACGGGUACUUGAAGUUUAGGACUUACAUGGACAGGCUGCCUAAUGUCAACGAGUACUUCCUAAGUCGUUGCAUCAACGCUGUGGACACAGAAAUCUACAGAGGCCAAGGCAAAGAGGCGCAGAAACAGUCCCGUGAUGACUGCUUGACCUUCGUCAAGGCCCUCAGGACGCUGGCCCGGAGGAUCUGUCUGGACCCAGGCGAAAAUCUCCGCCCUGAGCAGACUGCCGAGAUCACCAGAACUAGGGAGUUCUUGGGCCCUGAAUUCUUUCAAAAAAUGGGCUUCUAUGGUGUGGACAUUGUCCAUGCCGCUGGAGUCUGGACCUUUACGGAGUCUCGGCGCGCAGAGGAGGUGGUCGAUGACUACGAGCUUGGCAUUACACGCUUGACCUCUGCAAAUGAUGGGCACCAGGGCCAUUGA